AGACCCUUUAGCGGUACUCCUUUCUUUCCCGGAAGUUCUGCUGGUGACAGCUCCUUGUGCCCUUGUUUCGCUGGUUUGAUGUUGGGCAUAUACUGCCUGCGCCCUGGGAUUCUAAGAUGUUGCGGGCCUCAUGCAUUGUAUGUCGGGGUUUGGCAAACAAGCGUUUUAAGGAAGACGCCAAAUAUUCCUUGCGGAAGAUGCAUACCCGAAGAAUUCACCAUUACUGUUUUUCAAGAUUGAAAAUUCAGAGGCCCUUACCCCAAACCACGAUGUGCUGCUAUUCGUCUCUCUCACGAGUCCCAUUAUGGAGAAGCAGACUUUUAGCUCCUGGUUAUGGCUACCAGAUAAAACGAAACUUUUGGGUGGCCAGGCUGGCCUCUCGGCUUUUAAAACUCCGUUAUCUUGUCCUGGGAUCUGCUGUUGGUGGUGGAUACACAGCCAAAAAGACCUAUGAUCAGUGGAGGGAUAUGUUUCCAGACCUUAGUGAAUACAAAUGGAUUGUGCCUGAUUUUAUUUGGGAAUUGGAUGAACAUAUUGAUUUUGAAAAAUUUAGCAAAGCCCUUCCAGAUUCUGAAGAGCUGGCAAAACUGCUGCCUGACUUUGAUAAACUUGGAGAGCGUUUCAGUUUUUUAAAAGGAUGGCUUUCAUCAGGUCACAAUUUGGUUAGUGAAGCCAUAGGAUCUUCUGAUCUGCUUCUGUUGUUAGGUUCAGGAGGGGAAACUGCCUUCAAAGCCACAGACAGCCACGGUUAUGAUAAUUCUGAUAAACAGUACAAGAAGGGUUUGCUUGGUGAACUUAUUCUAUUACAAGAGCAGAUCAAGCAGCAUGAAGAGGAGGCACGCAGGGCGACCGGGAACAUUAACACGGGCACCUCACAACAGAAGCGCAAGACAUCAGACAAAGAGAAAGUAGAUCAACUGCAAGAAGAGCUUCUGAGAACACAAAUGAAGUACCAGCGGAUUCUGGAGCGGCUGGAGAAAGAAAACAAAGACCUGAGGAAGCUGGUGCUGCAGAAAGAUGACAAAGGAAUUCAUCAAAGGAAGUUGAAGAAAUCCUUGAUUGAUAUGUACUCAGAGGUGUUGGACAUAUUAUCUGAUUACGAUGCUAACUACAACACCCAAGACCAUUUGCCCAGGGUGAUUGUAGUUGGCGACCAAAGUGCAGGAAAAACCAGCGUCCUGGAAAUGAUUGCACAGGCCCGGAUCUUCCCCCGUGGUUCUGGAGAGAUGAUGACCCGCUCUCCAGUAAAGGUUACAUUAAGCGAAGGCCCUCACCAUGUUGCUGUGUUUAAAGACAGUUCGCGAGAGUUUGAUCUCACCAAGGAGGCAGAUCUGGCGGCAUUGAGGGAUGAAAUAGAGGUCCGCAUGAGGAAGAGUGUAAAGAAUGGGCAAACCGUUAGUCCGGAGACAAUCUCUUUAAGUGUGAAGGGUCCUGGCAUUCAGAGGAUGGUCCUUGUGGAUCUACCAGGAGUCAUCAGUACUGUGACUUCAGGGAUGGCUCCAGAUACCAAAGAGACUAUAUUCAACAUCAGCAGGGCUUAUAUGCAGAAUCCAAAUGCCAUUAUUCUCUGCAUUCAAGACGGGUCCGUGGAUGCAGAGCGGAGUAUUGUAACCGAUCUCGUGAGCCAGAUGGAUCCGCAGGGCAAGCGCACCAUUUUUGUUUUAACAAAAGUAGACCUUGCGGAGAAGAAUGUGGCUAGUCCGAACCGGAUUCAGCAGAUCAUUGAAGGCAAACUAUUUCCGAUGAAAGCCCUUGGGUACUUUGCCGUGGUGACAGGGAAAGGCAACAGCAAUGAAAGCAUCGAUUCCAUAAAGGAUUAUGAAGAGGAAUUUUUUCAAGGAUCAUCACUUUUGAAAAAAGGCAUGCUCAAGGCUCAUCAGGUGACCACCAAGAAUUUAAGCCUUGCCGUUUCUGAUUGUUUUUGGAAAAUGGUGCGAGAGUCUGUUGAACAACAAGCUGAUGCAUUCAAAGCAACUCGUUUCAAUCUUGAGACAGAGUGGAAGAAUAACUAUCCACGGCUGCGUGAGCUUGACAGGAAUGAACUUUUUGAAAAAGCGAAAAAUGAAAUUCUCGAUGAGGUUAUAAGUCUUACCCAGGUGACACCAAAACAUUGGGAAGAGAUCCUUCAGAAGACUUUAUGGGAGCGAGUCUCUACGCAUGUGAUUGAGAACAUCUACCUCCCAGCUGCACAGACCAUGAAUUCGGGCACGUUCAACACUACUGUGGACAUAAAGCUGAAGCAGUGGACUGACAAGCAGUUGCCUCAUAAGGCAGUUGAGGUGGCUUGGGACACCCUUCAGCAGGAAUUUUCCCGCUUCAUGACUGAAAAUAAAGUCAAGGAGCACGACAUAUUUGACAAGCUAAAGGAGGCUGUCAAAGACGAGAGUAUUAAAAGACACAAGUGGAACGAGCAAGCAGAGGAUAGCCUGAGAGUAAUUCAGCACAAUGCUUUAGAAGACCGAUCCAUCUCCGACAAACAGCAGUGGGACGCAGCGAUCCAUUUUAUGGAAGAGACUCUUCAGAGCCGCUUGCAAGACACUGAAUCUGUCAUACGAGACAUGGUGGGUCCAGACUGGAAAGAGAGAUGGUUCUCCUGGACAUCUCGUUCUCCUGAACAGACUAUACGGAAUGAAACAAAAAAAGAACUUGAAAAGAUGCUGAAAAUUAAUGAAGAUCAUCCUGCAUAUCUCGCCAAUGACGAAGUCACAACUGUCAGAAAAAAUCUAGAGUCCAGGGCGGUAGAAGUGGAUCCAAUAUUGAUAAAAGAUACAUGGCAUCAGGUUUACAGAAAGCACUUCUUAAAAACUGCCCUUGGCCACUGUAACUUAUGCAGGCGAGGAUUUUUUUACUAUCAGAGGAACUUUGUAGACUCCGAGCUGGAGUGCAACGAUGUGGUCCUUUUCUGGAGAAUACAGCGAAUGUUGGGAAUCACUGCCAACACCUUAAGGCAACAGCUCACUAACACAGAAGUAAGACGUCUAGAGAAAAACGUAAAGGAAGUAUUGGAAGACUUUGCUGAUGACAGUGACAAAAAGCUUAACUUGUUAACUGGGAAGAGGGUCCAACUAGCUGAAGAUCUCAAAAAAGUUCGAGAAAUACAGGAGAAGCUAGAAGCAUUUAUUGAAGCGCUCCAUCAAGAAAAGUAGGAGCAUUUUCUUAAAAGAUUAUUAGGAAA